AUGCCAAGUAAAUAUAUCAUAAUCUCAAUCAUCUAUGCCUUUAUGCCACACAUAUUAUGCAACACAACGAGCCUAUCGUUAGCGGACUGUCCGGUCGGGGAUGCGAUCAAACCGUGUAUUUGUCAUAAAAGUCACAUCACUUGCGAUGAGGAACAGGAGUACGACUUGAAGGCAAUCAUCGGCUCAUUGAGCGAUAGUUACGGCCAAAACCAAAGCAAACACUUCAAUCGGUUCGAGUUUACGGCCAACACUUUGACCGAAUUGAGCGAAAAUCUAUUCAAAGACAUUACGGCCGCCGUAUUGUGGCUGAUGGGCGCCGAGCAGCUCAAAAGCAUCAAUGUGAACGCAUUUCACGGCAUGGAUGCUGUGGUAAAACAGUUUGAACUCCGGAACUGCCCGGUGCUCAACACCGACAAUAUAUUCACGAUUGUAAACAAAUUUGUUAUGGUAGACACUGUGGCGUUGAAAGAGAUCAAUUUGGUGGCCAUACCGUCCGGUGCUUUCGCACGACUCACACGAUUGCAUACAAUAACUAUAUACGACUCCCGACUGAAGACAAUCGGCGAUAAGCCGUUCGCGGCGUUAAAUUCGUUGCAAAAACUAGAGUUAAGUCAGACAUCGGUCGCCAGUUUGCCGAAAGGUGUCCUCGUUUUUAGUGCCGACAGUAAUCUUACUCUUCGGCUAACACUACAAAAGAAUGAAUGGCUGAACAACACUGGUCUCGGGGCCGAUAGCCUGAGCCAAUUGGCUAGACCUACCAUAAUAUACAUCAAUCAUACCUUUAAGAACUCUCGGCAGUGGAAAUAUUUGGCCGAAAAGGCGUUCAAACCGUUCUUCGCGGCCAAUGAUGGCAAUAAAGUGCUAUUCUUAGGCCAUUCGGCUAUUCUUUGCGGUGAUGUCCGCAAUAAAUGGCUUAAUCCUAAUUUCAUUAAGAGAUUACUUUGGAUUGAUUUUGAUAAUAAAGUUAAACAAAUUGAGUGUUAG